UUUCAAUGAAAUUAUAUUUUAAAUAUCAACCGAAAUCCCGGCAAAUAUACCAGUUCUGCUCAUUUUGAGCACACCAGUGCUGCCCAUCGAUUACCACGCGUUAGUGCCUGUGCGCAUCUAACGCGUUAGUGUCAUUCAACGUUUGACACAUCGUUCAAUAAAAACAAAUCAACUUCGACUGCUUGAAAAGCAGCAGGAAUAUUUAAUACAACGCUGGAACAACUUAAAUUUACUACUCCCAAAAGUAGAAUUGUAUCCAAAUUGUAGCUAUUUUCAGUCGAGAACCAAGAAGGAGCCUUAAAAAUGACACGCGGCAACCAACGAGACCUGGCCCGCCAGAAGAACCAGAAGAAGCAGGCGGAUUUGACCAAGGGAAAGCGAACCGAUAACCUCACCGUGGAGCAGAGGAAGGCCAGGGACGCUGAGUUAAUGCGGGAGAAGCAGAAAAAGAAGGAAGAGGCCGCUGCGGCGGGCACAAGCAAAUAGUCAACCCACUGGCUUGAUAGAGAUCUGGACAACCGGAUGCAUUUCCGGACAGGUUAGGCUUAUAGUCAGUCGUUCGUCAGCCAAGACCCCGAUUCGCCCAAGGACCUAGGAUAGUUGACCAUGUGGUUAGGAUGUACAUGAAGCAACAUACAUAAUUCACGAGAAUUGUAUACAACUGCGGAUAGAUAUUACCGGGCUGUACAGCAGGCGACAUAGCAAUAGCAAUAGCAAGUGCCACCCAAGGACUUCGUUUCUGUUCCGGUUUUCGUUCAUUUUCGUUUGCAGUGCUGCUGUACGAUAAUUAAGUAAUCUUACAUUUUAUUUCUCCACCUACCUGACUAAAUUAUUUACUGUAAUGUAUAUAUAUAAAUUUUCAAAUAAAACAUAAUAUGCAGCCGCCAGAAAGACUCAA